AUGGGGGAGAUGGCUUCACGUAUCAACAACCUCGAAAACGCACUGGUGCUGGCACAAGCAAUGAGAACGAUGGAUGUUGAAGUCCCUCAAGCCAAAAAUCCUAGUGAGACACCGACUGCUGAUCAGAUACCAGCAGUGCUAGAGGAAAGCCCGAGCAGUCCUCACGAUGAUAAAGAGACUCCUAGGGAAGCAGUUCUGACACAUAACGGAUCACCGACUCAGUAUUACAACGAUAUACUGUUGUCUAGAGCACUCGCUGAGGAGCCCUUGGACGGAAGCAUAACCUCGGUCAUAACCCCAUCUCCAGCAGCCUCCUUGGCUGUAUCAGGCUCUCCUUACACCGCGUUAGGCAUCCUCUCAGCUCCCAGUUUCUCAUUAUCACUAGCAGACCUCCACCCACCUAAACAAGUAGCAGUCAGGCUCUGGGAUAUACUCGUGAAUAACGUCGACCAAUGUGCCGGUGUCAAAACACUGCACAUUCCAACCGACGAAGUGAGACUCUAUUCAACCAUUGACAAGCCCCUCGAUGCCCCCUAUGACAAUCAUGCCUUGUGCUUCGCCAUCUUCUAUGCUUCAAUGGCAGUACUGGACGACAAGGUAGCCACUGAUAUUUCGGGAGGGGACAGAGCCAACCAAAUGCUCAAGUUCAAGAUUGGCAUGGAGCAAGCCUUUGCCCAAGGGGAUUUUUUGGACCAUCCGACGCUGACGGGGCUUCAUGCACUCGCACUAUAUCUGUGUGCGAUGCGCAUCCACAAUCGAGGCAAUGGUAUCUGGGUUCUGAAUGGCCUCGCAAUGCGCAUAUCAGAGUCAAUGGGUCUCCAUCGUGACGGACGACGGCUUCACCUAUCACCUUUCCAGGCCGAAAUUCGCCGACGUCUGUGGUGGCACUUCAUUACGCGAGAAAUGCGCGCAGGAGAGGAUUAUGGUCUGGACAUUGGCAAUAGCGUCAUGCUUACUACAGACGUGGAUCUUCCUCUGAACCUAGAGGACACUGACCUUUGGCCGGAGAUGACAGAGCUGCCCCCGGCAAAAUCCUCUUGGACUGCAAUGUCAUUCUCUCUAAUUCAUAUCAAGAUAUCACAGGCCAUGCAGGAACUAGGGCAAGUUCUGUCAUCCCGUUCCAUGACGUCGUCACAGAUGUACAGCCAAAGAGCAAAGAUCAUAGCAGAGACUCAAGAAUGGGUGGAGGCACGCCUGGCGCAAUGUAACCCUGUAAUUCCUCGACACCGCAUGGCUUUGUCUUGCUCACGCUGGUUGAUUCAAAAGCUUGACUUCAUCACACGGACACAAUGGCUGAUGCUCAAGAAAACCAGGUGCCGACAACAUCUGGCAACAGACGAGCACCUGCUUGAAGCACUUGAGAUCCUGGAGCCCAGGUUAAUGAACAAAGAUGACCUUCUGGAGCAAUUCGCAUGGGUUAGGAAAGUCUUCCCACAGUAUUAUGUCUCGAUGUACAUUCUGUGGCAUCUGUGUGUCAAGCCUGAGGGUCCGCAUGUGGCAAGGGCAUGGAGAACGGUGGACUGUGUUCUUUCAGGGGAGAUAUGGAAUGAAAUCACCACCGGUGUUGGACCGAAGUCUGCGGUACUGAUGGCUCUAAGGACGAAAGCCGUGACCCUAAGAGACAGCCUCCAAAGUCGCAGUUCUGAAUCUAGCGGAAGUGCUAACCACCACGAAUCUGGCAUGGGUAUGGAAAACUGGUCGUCCAAAACUGAAGUGCAGCUUGAUUCACAGCCCAGCGAAACACUUGGCGAGGAUUUCGAUUUUGAAAUUGACAGUGAUGCAUAUCCAGACUGGAAUUUCCUGGCCCAGGAGUUUGAGGCUGAUAGUCAAGUCUUCCUGGGUUCAAUCUGA